CGGCGAAACGCAUGACACUGGAACCUCCGUCCGGUCCACUCAAAUAUAAAAAUCUUCGACGCCAUAUGUUUUUCGCGUCCUUAUGAUACCUCAUAUAAAGCGAUGGUCCACAAGGUUUUUCCCUGUUCAUCCGACAUUGGUCCGCCUACACUUCUUGUGUCCUGAAUAAUUCUCGUGGUAUAAAGAACACCAGACCUGGGUUCAAACCCUGCGGAACCGAUCAUGGCUUACAAGUUGCUCUCCGUUCUUUCAACGAUCGCGCUCGCACAAGCAGCUGUCAUCGUACCGGGAGCUAGCUGGACUGAUACUGAAGGAAAUGUCAUCCAGGCUCAUGGCGGAGGCUUUCUGAAGGUGGACUCGACCUAUUAUUGGUUCGGAGAGGACAAAGUUCUCGACAGCACGUUAUUCCAUGCAGUUUCAUGCUAUACAUCGACCGAUCUUGAGACCUGGACCCGUCAAAAUGAUGCUUUGACACCUAUUAGCGGAACCAUGAUUUCGACUUCGGAUGUUGUCGAGCGUCCUAAAGUAAUCUUCAAUAGCAAGAACUCGGAAUAUGUUAUGUGGUUCCACUCUGAUACAUCCAACUACGGUGCAGCAAUGGUCGGAGUUGCUACAGCGAAAACUCCUUGUGGGCCUUACACGUACAAAAGUAGUUGGAAGCCCUUGGGUUCGGACUCAAGAGACGAAGGGCUCUUCCUUGAUGAUGACGGCACGGCUUACCUUCUUUACGCCUCUGACAACAACCAGGAUUUCAAGAUUAGCAUGUUGGAUGCCAACUACUACAACGUCACCGAACAAGUAAGCGUCUUGACAGGCGCUACUCUGGAGGCACCGGGUGUUGUAAAACGUGAUGAUAUUUACUAUCUUAUCGCUUCUCAUACGUCAGGUUGGGAUCCAAAUCCCAACAAAGUAUUCACAGCAUCCUCACUCGCUGGUCCCUGGUCCGCUCAAGUCGAUAUCGCACCCGAAGAUACGAAUACUUAUUACUCCCAGAACGCCUACGACAUGCUGUUGGGUACAAAUGGAAUAUAUAUGGGUGACCGGUGGGACGUCUCGGCGUUAGGUAGUAGCACAUAUAUCUGGUUCCCCCUAUCAUGGACUUCUGGACUACCUGUAAUCGUGGAAGCCGAUGUGUGGAGUGUUGAUCUGGCAGCAGGGACAUACACAAUUGCAACGGGAACAACGUAUGAGGCUGAAAGUGGAACCCUGGGCGGAUCAUCAGAGCUUUUGACCGACUCGUCGUACUCGGGAGGAGAAGCUGUUGGAUAUUUGGGAAAUGGAGGAACUUUGACUCUGAACAACAUACUAGGAAUCGGAGAAGCUCAAUGGAUAUCAUUGUACUACGCCAAUGGAGAUUCUACUUGGAGGAACACCACCCUAUCGGUGAAUGGGGGCGCGAAUGUAGUUAUACAGCAGCCUAGCUCCGGAGGAGGGCAUGUCAUCCAGUCGGUGCCCGUAAAGGUGACUCUUAAGAACGGUGCCAAUAUCCUCACUUUUUCAAGUGGACAGGCAAAUUAUGCUGGAGAUCUUGAUAAGAUCAUUGUAUAUACAACAACGUAAAGAUUUGGGCAAACUUAAUCUAUCUGUGACUAUCGUAUCCGGCUACAUAGGAUACCUUUGCUGCGCCUGC